CCGACUAUUCCGACUAACAUGAAAAAGGAUGGUUACGAUAAUUGUGUGUGACGCGUAUUUAUAUUGUAAAUAGAUUCUUUACUAUAAUCGUGGAUACAAUCGUUUGUUAUUGACGAUAUGGCAUUCACGUUCGGAAAUCCAGCCGUCACUUCUAGUGCCACGAGUUUUGGAUUCGGGACUCAAAAAACAGCAACGAGCUUUGGUUUGACAAACACGUUCGGCAGCACAACCCCAACGUCUAGCACAUUAACAUUUGGCGCUCUGCCCGCCCCAACGACGUCUAUAGGUCUUAAUUUCGGAUUCGGUACAACAACAACAUCUACACAAGCGCAAAGCAGCGGUUUGCUUCUAGGCACCAAUGUAGUUACUACAAUGACCACACCUGCUCCUAGUUUAUUUCCCGCCCCUACAACCUCCGCACCAUUAUUUGCGGGUCUUAAUUUUGGCACACCAGCUACAACAAAUGCUCUAACGUUUGGUGGAACGUCUAACACAACAGCAACAGGAAGUUUAACUUUUGGUACAGCUACUACCAAUACUUCUUUAUUUGGGUCCAAUAGUGGAAGUACUUUAUUGGGUGCUAAACCAACAAUCGCCGCAACUACUACUACCAAUACAAAUAAAGGACUCGGUGGCUUAGAUGUUUCGGUUAACAAUAAAGGUCUUUCUCAAGGAAAUAGUAGUUCAACAGCUGCCAAAGAAAAUCUACUGCCAAACGAGCUUAUGCAAACAAUAGAUAAAUUCAAGGAGUUUGUAAAAAUGCAGAAAGGCCUAUCUUCAGAUAUCGCGAGGGGUUCGGCUAGACCGUUGAAUCGAUGCGCGGAAGAUACAGCAUCUUUAAUGGAAAUCUUAUCUACCUUAUCUGGCUCAGUGCAACGGGAUCGUUCUUCGGCUGAUAAAUUAAAACAAGACACGGCAAAGGCAUUGCAAAGUUCCGAAAUAGCUCAAAGAACUCACGAUACUCCGCCAGGCUUGCAAUAUGAAAAUAAUGCGCCCCUUCAAUUUUUCAUGGAAUUAGCUGAAAGCUUUGAGCAUGAUUUGAUGUUAUUCAGAUCACAAAUUGAGACAACGGAAAAACAUAUACAGGCUAUGAUGGCGCCGAGAACAUUAACCCCACAGGAAUUGACAAUGGCUAUGAGUAAGCUUCACGAGUCCCUAGUCGCGGUUGCUGGUCGAUUGCAAAGUGUGCAUGCCAAGGUGCAACAACAGAAAGAACAAUAUCUCAAUUUCAGGAAAUAUGUAUUAAAGGAUAAUACCAAUGUUUUUGAUAGCAUCAAAGCAAGCGGAAAACCUAGUCGUAACAGUAUCGAAAAGAUCACGAGCGGUCCCACUCCUUUUGGACCAGGAAAUAAAAGCUUUUUGUCAUCAACGACAUUAAGCACGAACCGGCCGGCAAGUUAUGAAACACGAAAUCCUUUAGUUUGGGAAAGUUCGACUCCGGUAUCGUCUGCUAGUAACAUUACUAUAGGCUCAUCCAUGAAACCGCCAACAGCAAGCUUAAAUUUUAACGCGCCGAUUAAUUUAACUGCACCAUUGCCAGUGAACGGAAGCGGCUCAAACUUUCAACUACAAAAGCCCCCCGUUGGUAAUAAAAGAGGGAAACAUUGAUCGUUUGUUUCAGACAUGAUAAUUUUUAUAUGACCCAUAUUUUUUAUAACUCAAGUUGAAAGUCUUCUUUAUCGUUGAUAAUAUUAGAACAAGUGUGUUUAAAAAUUACAUAUUCAGUAUUGAGCAUGAUUAUUAUAAUAUUUUUUUAAUACAUUGUACAUCAAGUGUACAUUGUAAUGUGUGAUACUUUUAUUUAAAUUCAUAUUUUACAAAUAUUCCAUGUGUAUCUUACAUCAAUUGUCAUAUUUUUAUAUU